AUGUACCCAUCCACCCUCAGAGACGACCACCUCCUCAACUUCAACGCGGGCAAGGCGCCUGUACGCGACGCGGUGAGUUUCACACUCAACGGCAAACCCAUCACCGUGCAACAGCCAGACCCAAAACUCUUAUUAGCCGACUACCUACGUGACAUAGGACUGACGGGAACCAAGAUAGGGUGUUCUGAGGGGGGUUGUGGAGCCUGCACGGUGUUGUUGGAUGGCGACUCACACGGGUCUCGGUAUGGGUGGGAGAGGGCUGGCUGGGCAUGGCAUAGGAAGACUGUGGUGCUGUGGACUGUACUAUGGGAUGAGUUGAGUGUAUUGUGUUGGUUGUGUAUGGUAGAGUUCUGGUUGUAGUAAUAGGUUUGUGGUCGUGUGUACUGUACUAUGGGAUGCGUUGAGU